AGUUUAUCGCAACGACAGCCCUACGGAUACACUCUACACUCGUCGUGCGACCAACCGCCAAGGCUCGUGCAAAGACGCACGACAUUUGAUUUGAUAUUGCUGCAACAUGACCGCCAACCGGGCCCUCAUCGUCGCCCUCUCAGGCUGCUCAUCCAGUGGCAAGACGACCCUUGCCCGCCUGCUGCGGGACAUCUUCCCCCACACCUUCAUCCUGCACGAGGAUGACUUCUACCGCCCGGAGGAGCAACUUCCCUCCAGAGAUGGGCUCCUGGAUUGGGACUGUGCCGAGGCCCUCGACAUCCCUGCCAUGGCUGAGUCCCUCGCUUACAUCCGCGCACACGCAGCGUUCCCCCCCACCCUCGACUCCAAGGAGGACCAGAACUCUGUGGGGAGGUGUCCCGUUGCGGACUCAACCGUCCAGGCGCAAAAGGCCAAGGUCGCCGCUGCCAUCCCCCCCGACCACCCCCUGCGCUCUACCCUCCGCUUGUGCCUCUUCGAUGGCUUCCUGCUCUACUCGCCUGCCGUGGCCGCUAUCCAGCCCAGCCUCGACAUCAAGCUGUUCUUGCGAGCCUCGUACACAAAGGCCAAGGCCCGCCGCGAGGCUCGCGACGGCUACGCGACCAUCGAGGGCUUCUGGGCCGACCCGCCCGGGUACGUCGACAUGAUCGUCUGGCCGAAUUAUGUCAAGGAGCAUGCGUGGAUGUUUGAGGGCGGCGAUGUCGAAGGCAAGUUCAACGAGGAUGUGCUAGACAAGGAGGGCAUCAAGGUGCAGAAAGAGGCGGACAUUGACGGAGACAUCAGCAAGACGCUUGAAUGGACUGUAGAUACCAUCCUCGAGGAGUUGAAGCAUCGCGUAUAGAUCUGAUAUCGAUAUCCUGAGA